UUGCAAGUUCACAGCCAUAGAGGAAUUACACAACAUAAUUUCACAUCUCUCUCUUAAUUCUUUUGCCUAUCCAAAAUGGCACCCAUUGCCAAACAUUUCUCCCUUAUCUUCCUCCUUACUCUCUUGUCUUCACUCCAAAUUCAUGCAAGGGACGGUCAAUUCUUCAACAAAGUCCCCAGCAACAAUGGUGAGAAAGAGACACAAACAGUUAUUCCCAACAAAGAACAAGAACCUAAUUUCAUGCCAGAGAAUGAAAAUGGAGCCUAUGGCCUAUAUGGUCAUGACUCUGUCACCACUAAUAAUCCUUCUGUCCACAAUCUUCCCAACAGCAAAUACCUUCCCAAGAAUUACAACCCUGUUUCUUAUGUGACUGUCCCUGAGGACAACACUAAUGAAAAUGAUUUGAAUAACAAUGAGUUCACACCCAAGCACACUACAACCACCACUGCCUCUAAUAACAACCAAUUCUACAGUGGUCCCACCAAUUACGGGAACAGCAACAACAACAAUAACAACAACCAACAACAGUACUAUAAUGGCGUCAGUGAUUAUAGUACUAGGAGCAACAACCAGCAGCAACAGUUCUACGGCGGUGACAACUUUUACAGUAACAACCAGCAGAAGCAGCAGUACUACAACGGUGGCAACACUUACAAUAAUAACGAUAACAACAACAACAAUGAAGAGGAGGAGUACUACAAUAAUGGUAACACUUAUUACAACAAUAACAACAACAACGAGCAAGAGGAGUUGAGUGAAACAAGAUUAAGUGCCAGUACUUACAGCACCAACCCAACAAAUUACGGAAACAAUUACAACAACAAUCAAGAACAAAGCUACUCCACCAACUACAAUAACUACAAUACUGGCAAAAGUAAUUACAGAGUGCACCAGCAGCAGGGGAUGAGUGACACAAGAUUCUUGGGAAAUGGGAAAUUCUAUUAUGAUAUCAACGCUGGGAAGCAUGCUAGGGAUCCAUAUGAAAAUGCAAGAGAAUUUGCUGCAAUGAACCAACAGUACAACAACAGGAACACCUAUGGAAACAAUGAAUACAACAGCAACAACAACAACUUUGAGAAUGAAGAGGAGUUCCAAGUUGAAGACAACAUGCCUUGAGCUUUUGUUCAACACUUUGAUGAAAAAAAAAAAAAAGUAAACAUAGUGAGCCAAAAGGAAUGUUAUGUGUCCCACAAUUAUCAUUGAUGUUGUUUUCCUUUUUUAUCUAAGUUAUAUUUUAUUAGCAAAAUGUUAAUUAAACUACAGAGUUAUUUUUGGGCGUUUUAUGUAUAAUUAUGAUGAAUUUCUACUGA